UUGUCCUCAUGGCUCGGACGCGUCGCGCCCGCAUUCGACAUCGUUCGUCACACGUCCCCGUUCCCCGCUCGCCGCGUGCCCCCUUCGACGCCGCAGACGUGCGCGCGACACGGGGGACCUUGUCAAGUGUUUGGCCGUUAUCAUCACCGGCUCGCGGUUAGGAGAUCUGCGCCGUAGAAUGCACAGAUAAUUAACGUAACCAAUAAUGAUCUGCCGCUACUGUAACGAUCCGGGCGUUUCGCCGUCGUUAUCGGAACAGUUGUUUCUCCUUGUGACCGCACCCGUGUCGCGUCGUCCGAAUGCGCUUCGGCCGUACGCGUGUCAUUGAUUUCCGUUCACCCGCCAGUCGGCUAAUCGUGCGCGCACCGGGACCCGUCCAAUCAUUUCGUCAGCUCACUUGUCCAUGUUUCAGUCGUUCCGGUGGUGCCGGGCGUUCAUCAGUGUCGUUCACCGUCUCAGCACGAUCGCCGCGGCGGGUCACUGCUACGCUCGACCGAGUGUCCGAUCGAUACGGACCGACACGCGUUCCGCGACAAACAUCAGUUCCACUCCGUCGUCCAGCGAUCCCCAAAACGAAAUGGACAAGUUCAAGUUAGCGUCUCGAUACAAAUAUGGCGAAUACAGCAUUUGGAUUGAAAUAUCCAAAUUGACCGCGAUCACCAAACCUUUGAAUUUAGGCCAAGGAUUUCCAGAUUACGAACCACCAUCAAGGUUCCCUCAAUUUUUAGCUGAAGUGGCUUCUGAAAAUAACUUAAAUUUCCACCAAUACACCCGAGGCUUGGGACAUGUACGCUUAGUAAAUGCUAUAUCUAAGUUAUACUCAAACUUAAUUAAUCGAGAAAUUGAUGCUCUUAAUGAAGUAUUAGUGACUGUUGGUGCGUACGAAGCACUUUACUGUGCCAUACAGAGUAAUAUAGAGGUUGGUGAUGAAGCUAUUGUUAUUGAACCAUAUUUCGAUUGUUAUGAACCAAUGAUACGUAUUGCAGGAGGGACUCCUAGAUUUAUUCCUUUGAGAAAUACAAAACCCAAUGCUGAGGUAUCUCAUUCAAGUGAUUGGAAACUUGAUCCGGAAGAAUUAGCAUCGUUGUUUAAUGCCAAGACGAAACUCAUAAUUAUCAACACACCACACAAUCCGUUAGGAAAAGUAUUUGAUUAUGAAGAGUUGAAUAUGAUUGCAGACUUGGCCAAAAAACAUAAUGUACUCGUUAUUUCGGACGAAGUUUAUGAAUGGUUGGUGUAUGAACCAGCAAAACAUACUAGAAUUGCGUCACUCCCAGAUAUGUGGGAAAGAACUAUUACGAUUGGUUCUGCGGGAAAAUCAUUUAGUAUGACUGGUUGGAAACUUGGUUGGGCUUAUGGUCCAUCUUAUUUAAUCAAAAACUUAUGUGUUGUUCAUCAGACUGCUAUUUAUACUUGUGCAACACCAGUUCAAGAAGCAGUUGCUAGAGCAUUUGAACAUGAAAUUAGUGUUUUGAAUACACCAGAAAGUUAUUUUCAAAAUUUGUCUAAAGAAUUAAAACCAAAAAUGCUAUAUCUUUCUAAUGUAUUACAAGAAAGUGGCUUUGUGCCAAUCAUACCUGAUGGAGGAUAUUUUUUAGUUUCUAAAUGGACUAAAUUUGAAAAUAAAAUAGAUUUAAGCGCAGAAACAGAUAAAUAUAAGGACUUCAGAUUUACUAAGUGGCUUUCUAAGAAUGUUAAACUUCAAAGUAUACCAUAUUCAAUAUUCUACUCUGAAGAAAGCAAAGUUUUGGCUGAAGAUUUUAUGCGACUGUGUUUCUUUAAAAAAGAUGAAACGUUGAAGGAAGCUGAAAAAAUUUUGUCAACAUGGACCAGCAAAUUAUUAUGAAAACAUAAGUUCCAAAUUUGCUAUAUAUAUAAAUAUUAUUUUAUGUUAU